AUGCGAGCAGUGCUGCAACGAGUUGCUCGAGCAAGCGUAUCUGUGGAUGAACAGGUGGUCAGUUCCAUCGGCAAAGGCAUCUGCGUCUUAGUUGGCAUUAGCGUAGAUGAUAACGAAUCUGACAUUGACUACAUGGUGCGUAAAUUAUUGACGCUGCGUGUCUUUGAUGAAGGAGGGGUAAUGUGGAAGAAGAGCGUGCAGGAUAUGGACCUUGAGUUACUAUGUGUUUCCCAAUUUACAUUGUUCGCCAAAACUACCAAAGGGAGCAAGCCAGAUUUUCAUUCCAGUAUGAAGACAGCUGAUGCCAAUGAAAUGUAUAAAAAGUUUUUAGACAAGCUUGGCGCAGCUUAUAAACCUGAAAAGAUCAAAGAUGGUGUUUUUGGAGCUAUGAUGAUGGUGGAAAUUCUCAACGACGGCCCAGUCACGAUAGAGCUCGACUCAAGGAAAUUCGCUUAUACCAGCUAA